GUAUUACGUCACGAUGUCGGAAGUGAAUCUGACCAUGUCGAAGGCGCUGAAACCAGAAGAUAAAAUCACGAAGCCGACGAUCCAAAUAGAGAAACUGCGGUUUUCUAUUUCAUAAAGAGACAGGUGGUGAAGGGGAAAUGACCAAGGAGGAUGUGCUGAGGGAGUCUUCAGAAGGAGACUGUGUCCUGGGACGGUACAGCAUUAUUUCCCGUAACUCUGAGAGACCGGUGAUCCAUCAGGUGGCAUCGGCACCCAUGCCUUCAGACUGUGAGUUCUCUUUCUUUGACCCAAAUGAUCCUCUGUGUCGGGAGGUUCUGCUGGAUCCACAGACCACUGUUCCCGAGCUCUUCGCUGUUCUUAGACAGUGGGUUCCCCAAGUUCAGCGGAAUAUUAGUGUCAUUGGCAACGAGAUUCUGAAAAGAGGCUGUGGUGUCAAUGACAGAGAUGGUCUUACUGACAUGACUUUAUUGCACUACUGCUGCAAGGCAGGGGCUCCAGGAAUAGGUGACGCUGAGAGUGCUGCCAGUUUCGCCCGUCAGCUGUUGUCUCUGGGAGCCGAGCCGUCCUUGCGCAGCCGUUGGACGAACAUGAACGCUCUCCACUACGCUGCAUAUUUCGACGUCCCUCCCCUCAUCUGUGUGGUUCUGCAGGCGUCACAGCCAGGAGAGGUGGAUGCGACCUGCAGUGAUUUUGACUUUGGCACUGCGCUGCACAUCUCCGCCUCGAAUCUGUGUACCUCUGCAGUGAAGUGUCUGCUGGAGCUGGGAGCCAACCCCGCUUUUAGGAAUGAUAAGGGCCAGUGUCCGGCUGAUGUUGUUCCAGAGCCUCUAGACAUGCCUCUUGAAAUUACUGAUGCCGCGGCCCAGGCUAAAGAGCUGCGCACACUGCUACAGGAGGUCCUCCCCAGACCCGAUGCUCUCCUCCCACUCCUGCCGGCCCGACCUCCAGGUCUCCUCUCGGAUAAAGCUCGUACCCAGCUUUCAAGUAUGGGACUUCACAUUGGAGACAAAGUUAUCAUUGCUGGUCAAAAGGUUGGGACUCUGCGGUUCUGUGGCAGUACAGAGUUUGCUGGUGGUCUUUGGGCUGGAGUGGAGCUUCAGCAACCAGUGGGCAAGAAUGAUGGAUCGGUAGCUGGCGUUCAGUACUUCACCUGCCCGAUUAAACAUGGAAUCUUCGCCCCCCUUUCUAAAGUCAGCAAACUAUCAGAACGCCGGAAAAACAGUCCCCGCCAACCCUCUGCUCCCGUUCCCCACCCAAGACGGAUUGACUUGGCACGGGUCACGUCCAAGGUCAACACAGGUCUUCUUUCACGCAGUUGUUCCACUUCCUCUUCCUCUUUGGACUCCAGACAAACAUCCAGGCGCCCACCACGGCCACUCCCACGUCAAAGACCACCUCUGCGGGCAAGGCAGGAACGGACCCCUCCUAUCACCAGAUCUACUCCUCCUCCCUCCCGUUCCCUCACCGCCACGCCACACUCUGUAAUUGCUCGCAGCAGGACCCCUUCAGCCAGCAGCACAGCACAAGAGAGCCUAGAGGUGCAUUUAGGGGAACGUGUAUUGGUGGUGGGACAAAGGACAGGUCUUGUCCGAUAUUACGGCAAGACCAGUUUUGCUCCAGGAUUUUGGUUGGGGAUUGAGUUGGACAAGCCGAGCGGAAAGAAUGACGGAUCAGUUGGAGGAGUACGAUACUUCAGCUGUCCUCCGAAACACGGAGUCUUCGCCCCACCCUCACGAGUUCAGAGCAGGAUUCAUGGCUCAGUGGAUUGUCUGUCAGAACUGUCCUCGUCUCGGAUGAACUAUUCCUUCACAGGAAUUCGACGCACUCUCAGCACUUCGUCAGCCAUCACCAUACAGAGAGAACCAGGCCGCAAAAGUCAAGCAAGCAGGAACCGUUCCAGUAAUUUGCGGCGACGCUGGAGCACAGUCAGUGCUAGCUGGGGUACAUCGAGGGCAAACAGCAGCGCUGGCCCAGGGCCUAAACGAGUGGGUGGCACCACCAGUUCCUCUGGCUCAGAUGGCACUGUCAAACUCCACCUGGGCAUGCAGGUCUUGCUAAUUAGUGCCAAUGUGAUGGGCACCCUCCGCUACAUUGGCACAGCAGACUUUGCCCCUGGCCUCUGGCUGGGCCUGGAGCUGCGAAACCCGAAAGGAAAAAACGAUGGUUCUGUGGGCAGCCGACGCUACUUCAGUUGUCGACCUGGCCAUGGGGUUUUGGUGCGACCCAGCAGGGUCACAUACCGUGGUAUCAACGGGGCCAAGCUGGUGGAUGAAAGCAGCUGAGACGGUCACACACCGAUAAUUGGUCUUCCCAUUUCUCCAUCCAUCUGGCUUUCACUUCAUUUUGUUUCUGUGGAAUUUCAGCCAACCUGAGGAGACAUUUUCAUUCUAACUGCACUAAGACUCAUACAUUCACAGCUGAUAAACUGUUUACUCCAUUUUCUAAACUAACUAAAUAUAAUGUGUGGGAGCAAAUAUUCUUCUGAAGUUUUAAUUUUAGCUGGAGGUUUGAAUUCAGAUGAUUCUGAUUAAGUUAACAGUAGCAGUCUCUGAGCACUUUAAUAAAUGUGGGUGAAGACCAUGAUUUGAAUGGCAGGAUUUAAGAAGUUAAGACAAUUUUUAAUAACUUCAGUAACUGUGACUGUAUCCCCUCACACAUCCUCUCAACAGAAUAAAGCAUCGCUUCGUGUUUGUCUACUCCUGUCAGAAGGUGUGAGUCCCUUCAGAACAUGGCACUUAUACAUUCAGAAACCUGUAAGCUUUCAUCUUGAUGCCAGACCAGUUACAAUUAAAUAAGCACUUUAAUAUUAUCAUAAUCCAAGAUCUAAUCAGCUCAGUGAAUAAAAACUUGAUUGUAUUUGAUAGUUCCACAGAUGAUGUAGCAGUUGUUGCUGCUGACAGAUUUAAUCAGGUUUUUGUUUUGU